AUGUCGUGGGCCGGCUUCAAGAAGAACGUCAACCGCGCAGCCACGCAGGUUAUGGUCAAGACUGGCCACGUCGAGCAAACCCACGAUCGCAGCUAUGAAGUCGAAGAACGCCGCUACCGUGUCAUGGAGAACGCCGCCACUCGCCUGCAGAAGGAAUCAAAGGGCUAUCUGGACAGCUUGCGCGCAAUGACUGCCUCGCAGAUGCGCAUUGCAGAGACGAUCGACGCCUUCUACGGUGACGCCGGCGCCAAUGAUGGUGUCUCUCGCAGCUACAAGCAGGCUGUCGAGGACUUGGACGCAGAGACUAUCAAGGCCUUGGAUGGUCCUUUCCGCUCGACUGUCCUCGACCCCAUUAAUCGCUUCUGCGCAUACUUCCCCGACAUCAACGAGUGCAUAAAGAAACGCAACCACAAACUCCUAGAUUAUGACCGCGUCCGCGCCCAAGUAAAACGCCUAACCGAAAAGCCCGACAAGGACGUCACAAAACUGCCCCGCACCGAAAAGGAAGCAGAAAUGACCCGCGCCGCCUACGAACAACUCAACGAACAACUCUUCAACGAACUGCCCCAACUCAUCGAAUUGCGCGUCCCUUACCUCGACCCUUCCUUUGAGGCUCUCGUCAAGAUCCAGUUGAGAUUCUGCGCAGAAGCUUACUCGAGAAUGGCUCAGGUGCAGCAGUAUCUGGAUCCUGACACUAGAGAUCAGUAUGCCAAUGGCAAUCUGGACACUAGAGUUGAGCAAAUCUUGCAGGAGAUUCGUGAGCUCAGUAUUGCUGGUACUGUUUGA